AUGGAUGUACUAUGCACCAAGAAUAGAGAAGAUCUUAUUUUUGCUGUUUAAGACAAAGUCCUUAAAUGCUAGUCUAUCAAAGUCAAUAAUUUGAUUAAUCCAGAAAGAGCUUAGAAGCUAGAAAAAUAAGGGAAAUUUGAUUUCUUUUAAACUUUAAACUCUGAGCAAUGCCCCAGGGAUUCCAAAAAGUAAAAAGUUAUUUCAGCAUGUAUCAAUGAUAGUGUGAAACAAAGUGAAUAGUAGAUGAUAUAGUCAUUAGUAAAAUAGUUGUAAAAGCAAAGAAUAGCAAGGGAAAUAGACAGUCCUACUGCAUUAAAUAACAAUAUAUCCAAUCUGAAUAUUUUCAGUUCUUUGUAUAACUCUAGGGAUUAAUUAGGGAUUGGAGGUAAUGUUUUGAAUAGCAAAUACUUCUCAAAAACUUAACUAUGA